AUGUAUUCCAAGACAGCACUUGUAUACCUCCUUGCAGCCGUUGCAGAGGCUCGUUUCGGACAAGAGCAAGGAAAUGGUGCUAUUACAGCCAUUGGGGCAUUGACUAACCUCGGUCAGCCUGGCCAGGCCGCCACUCUUGCUGGUGGUUCGAUCCAGUUCCUGCUUGCAGCAGCUAAUCCUUGUGGAAAAUUGAUCCAAGCCGACAAAAUUAUCGCCCAGCUUGGAACAAGCGAUGCCGCCAUCGCCGCAGCUCGCGGCCUCGUCGCCGCGGAGCAAAACUUCAACCCCUUCGUCGUUAGCAUCCCGUCAAUUUGCUCCGACCCUACUCUUCCUACCACUGCUGCACUCCGUGGUGUUGUUCCACUCAUCGACCCUGCCGUUACCGGACAGAAUGUUGAGAACGCAAACUCCGCCACCUCCAAGGUUACUCCAUUUGACGCUACCGGAUUGAGCGUUGCUCAAGUCAUGGUUGCUCAUGGCUUUUCCAACUUUACUGCUGUCGCCCAGGAUGGUACUAAGGUUGCCGCUUCAAAACUCGGAAACGGCGCAGCGGCUGGUACUGGUACUGAGACUGCUACUGCUACUGCUGCUGCCACUGAGACCGCUGUUGCUGCUACAUCCGCCGCCGCCGCCAAUGCAUGUGCCGCUCCCUCCGCAACGACACUGGCCACUGUCGCUAGUUCUGUAACCGCCACUGCUGUUGCUGCUGCAUCUACUGCCGCUGCUGGAACUUGUACCGGUUCCGGAUCAACCAUGGUCUGCAGUGCGCCUGCAGCAGGCGCCGGUAAAGUCUCUAACCCUGUUACCGGUACCUUCGACGGUUUUGUCGCGUCUAACAUUGCCGGUCUCGACUUUGGUCUCUGUGUCCCCACCAUGAAGUUCGAGGCCGGUCUCGACGGUCGUGCUACUACUGAAUCUACCUUCCAAGCUAUCGACCCUCUCGUGAACAAGGGUCAAGAGGAGGCUAAGAACCCUGGCAUCAUCGCCAACAGAAUCCAUGAUCAGUUAACCAACGUCUGUGGAGCUAAUGCCGCCGCCAAGAGUGCUGCUGCUUCUGCUCAGAAAAUGAUUGCUAGUUUGGGAACGAGGGAUGCCAGUACCGCUGAGGCCUGGAACUCGGCUUUGGGAUUCGCGGGUACUAACAUCAACCCCGACAAUGCUCCUAAGACCGGUUUGGUUGGACAUACCUAA